CCUAACUUUCAGCGAUCUUUAGUGGGUUUCCCUGGUAUUCCAGGAUCAAAUGGCAUGCCAGGAAUGCCGGGCGUUCCAGGGCCGCAAGGACCACAGGGAAGGGAAGGUUUAAAAGGACAAAUUGGUGAUAAUGGAUAGCAAGGAAUGCCCAAUCCAAGAGGAGACAGAGGGCGCGAUGGACCCCCUGGGAAGAGUGGUCCCCGAGGAAUUAAAGGAAUAAAAGGACAACAGGGACUUGUGGGAAUGAAAGGAGAGCGCGGAGCCUUCGGAAUAAAAGGAGAGCGAGGCAUUGUGGGAAAUAAAGGAAGAAAAGGAGAAAAAGGAGAAAGCGCCAAAGGAAGUCAAGCAAGUGUAGUACCACAAACCAACUGGAAACAAUGUGUGUGGAAAUCAGGCAGCGGUACUGAUAACGAAAAGAUUAAGGUAAUUAGAAUAAGAAUCAUUAAUAAUACACUCCAAACGAAAGUAAUUCGUUUCUAUAUUAAAAUAUUUCUCCCGUCUCACUGUUUGCGAACACAUUACAUAAAUAACUAAGUUACAUGGAACCUAAGUUACAUUUCCCUCUACUAUGGUUCUAUAGUAUGACCAUCAUGCGUAAUAAAAUGAUUCCUAGCCAUAUGGAUAAGGACAACAAAAAUUUAAGCUAUUAUAGAGUUUUUAAACAUUAGGAAGUAAUCUUGACUGGAGUUGUUGGUAUCAAUCAUUACACACGGUUGCUCGCCCUAUUAUAACAUGUUUGAUUUGUUUGAUUUUAUUCCAGGACUGUGUGUUUAACAAACUGCAGUCUAAUUCAGCGCUCAGAGUCUCAUUCCAGGGAAACACGAGGGUCUAUGGAAUUAGUUAUAAGUGUAGCCGAUGGUAUUUCAAGUUCAAUGGAAAUGAGUGCAGUGGACCAAUGACGAUUGAGGCUGUUGUUUACAACAACUGGCCAUCGGGGCGCCCUAAUCUGUUGCACCAUCGGUCAUUUGAGGGGUACUGUGAAAACAUUCCACGAGGCGCACUUAGAGAGGAACUAUGGGUAGGAAAGUGCAGUGGCUGCAACUUGGGUGAUGCUAACACUGGGUGGAAUUCAGUGUCCCGGAUAAUGAUUGAAGAAGUAUCUAGGCCCCAGUCUUAA